GAAAAUUCAGCAAAUAGAAGAAGAGGAGGUGCCAAUCUGCUAAUCUGCCAAUCUGCCAAUCCCAGGCUAGACGUUUCAGAUAAGCCCAAGGCUGCUUAUGACUUUUCAAUGUAACGUUAGCCAAAUACAAAUAAAUGGGAUUUGUUGGAGAAGACUAGAGAGUCAAGUGUUUCUGGUCAAUUGGGAAGGUGUGGAGGAAACUUCUGCUUGGAAGAUUGAUCAUUCAUGUCGAUUUCAGCUAGAAAAACCAAUAACUCAUGCAUUUAGCUUUCCACAGCCACAGAUUGCGAUUGGUCUCGGUCCACUGGCGUGUCAACUGGUUCUUUUAAAAUAUUAGAUGGUAACAACAUAACAAGAGGAGGAGGAGGAGUUUGUGGGAUGAGGAUCUGAAAACCUCUUGUAGCUUAGCUACUGUUAGCUGUUAACAAAUUUUCAAUUGUAAACAAGUAGUAUUAUGUAUGAUGGGUUCUCCUUCAUUAUCUUUCCAUGCCUUUGUUCUUGUUUUUCCUUUCUUCUUACUUGUGUCGUCGCAGCUUUCACUUGCAUCAGUUGAAGAAGAAAACUUGAUCCAACGUUGUUCCUUCCAGUCCAAGUGUGGGGAAUUGAACAUCAGUUACCCCUUCACCAAACUGUCCGAGGAGGAAUGUGGGCUAGGCAUCAUCAAUUGUGUUGACAACUCAAAACCACGACUUAACUACUCUUCUGUUAAGGAUGAUGAUCUACAGAGGUUUGAGGUCAAGAGUGUCGACUACAACAAUGAGAUGAUUAAAAUUCAUGACCAAAAAUUCACGGGCCUCAUUCAACGGAAUAACUGUAGAGGCCUCUACAAUCUCUCGUCUCUCCCACACUUUUCCGGUAAUCUUACCUUCAAUCCGACUCCUCAAUCCCUGAUGUACUUUCGAAUAUGCAAGAAUGGUGAUCCUAAUACCGUCUUCGACGAUCGCGGUCUUUGGGGUGUCAGACUUUGCGGAGACCGUGUUCUGUACUUCAGUACAGAUCUACCUCCUCCUGGUGACCCUAAAUCUGACUGCAACUUGGUCGAGUUUCCUGCGGAUUUGAAAGGAGAGGCUAACAACCUUUUGGAUCGGUUGUCUCUUGGUUUUUUUCUUCAAUGGACCCUUCCCCAUCAAUGCCUUUGGUGCAAAAAAAAGGGUACAUUCUGCCUAAUCGAACAGAACGGAAUUACCUUUUGCGCGGAACCGAAACAAGGGAAAGGUAAGGUGAAGUGGAUAAUUAUAACAGGCAUUGCCUCAGGGGGAAUCCUCCUAAUAUGCUUAGUUUUUUUCUUCAUCUACUACCGCCGCUGCCGGAAGGGAGCGCUUUUUGCCCUUUUCAAGACCAAAAGUUCGUCUCCUUCUUUAACCCCACUCUCUGCAAGUAUCGCUUCCUUUCCCCACUAUGGGGUCCCGGUCUUCACCUACGAAGAGCUCGAAGAAGCCACUAACAACUUCAAUCCUGAUCAAGAACUUGGCGAUGGAGGCUUCGGCACCGUAUACUAUGGGAAGUUACAAGACGGGCGAGAGGUUGCGGUGAAACGCCUCUAUGAGAACAAUUGCAAACGUGUGGAGCAAUUCAUGAAUGAAAUCGGAAUCCUCGCCCGUUUGCGUCACCAGAACCUCGUCACUCUCUACGGCUGCACUUCACGCCACAGCCGUGAACUCCUACUUGUUUACGAAUUCAUCCCCAAUGGAACCCUUGCCGAUCAUCUCCACGGAGACAGAGCAAAGUCUGGUUCGCCUCCAUGGCCUACCCGUAUGAGCAUCGCCAUAGAAACGGCCCAAGCACUCUCAUACCUCCAUGCUUCUGAUAUCAUCCACCGUGAUGUAAAGACUAACAACAUCCUCCUAUGCCAAAAUUUCCAAGUCAAAGUUGCAGAUUUCGGGUUAUCCCGUCUCUUCCCAACCGAUGUCACCCACGUCUCCACUGCUCCAAUGGGUACUCCAGGCUACGUUGAUCCAGAGUAUCACCGCUGCUACAGGCUUACAGAAAAGAGCGAUGUGUAUAGCUUUGGCGUGGUGUUGAUUGAACUCAUAUCAUCAAAGCCUGCUGUAGAUAUCUCCAGGCAUCGUCAUGAGAUUAAUUUGGCUAACUUGGCGAUCAACAAGAUACAGAAUCGAGCUGUGCACGAACUGGUCGAUCCGUGUCUCGGAUAUGAGACUGAUGUUACAGUGAAGGGAAUGGUGACAUCGGUGGCGGCUUUAGCUUUUCGGUGCCUGCAAAAUGAGAAGGAGUUGAGGCCUUCCAUGGAUGAGGUGUUGGAGGGGUUGAAGGGAAUAGAGAGUGAGGACUACAAGACUGUGGUGGAUGGGGUACAAGGGGCAGAGGUAAUAGAUAUUCCCAUGAACUAUGCGGUAGAAGGGCCCUCGAAUGAUAGUACUCUGCCGUCGUCGUCGCCGCCUGCUGUUCCACCCAAUUCUUUCACCGAUAAGGGGGUCAGCAGUUAGUUGGCCGGUGGCUGGUCCAUUCGAAGAUUCUACCAUAACCCAUAACCAUUAUGUUAUGUACACAAGUUUGCAUCAAUUUCAUUCUCUUUUGAGUUUAAAUCCCUUUCCUCUGAUAGUUCUUUUGUGAGAUUGUGCCAUUGGCAAUUUGGUGUAAGGUUCCCUCUGGUCUUCGUAUACCGUAUAACUUGUCUGGUCUAGAAUGAGGAUAUGUGAAAGUUCUGAA